ACAGGGGUGGAGGACACUGAAUGGGAGGCCAGUGGAGGGAUUGACAGAGAGAGGUGGAGGACACUGAAUGGAGGCCAGUGGAGGGAUUGGCUGGAGGAGAGGGGUGGAGGACAUGGAAUGGAGGCCAGUGGAGGGAUUGGAAGAGAGGGGUGGAGGACACUGAACGGAGGCCAGUGGAGGGAUUGGAAGAGAGGGGUGGAGGACACUGAAUGGUGUCUACUAGGAUUAGUAGAGAGGGGUGGAGGACACAAAAUGCAGGUGAGUGGAGGGAUUGGCAGAGAGGGGUGGAGGACACUGAAUGAAGGCCAGUGGAGGGAUUGGAAGAGAGUGGUGGAGGACACUAAAUGGAGGCCAGUGGAAGGAAUGGCAGAGAGGGAUGGAGGACACUGAAUGAAGGCCAGUGGAGGGAUUGGAAGAGAGUGGUGGUGGACACUAAAUGGAGGCCAGUGGAAGGAAUGGCAGAGAGGGAUGGAGGACACUGAAUGGUCAUCCAAUGAAGAGGGGGUUGCCAUAGUGGAAGAGUGAGUCGGAAGCUUUGUGGUGUGAUUGGUCAGGAAGGGGCAU